AUGCCUUGCCAUUACUCCUCUCUGCCUGCCAUUCCUUCUCUCUGCCUUGCCAUUACUCCUCUCUGCCUGCCAUUCCUUCUCUCUGCCUUGCCAUUACUCCUCUCUGCCUGCCAUUCCUUCUCUCUGCCUUGCCAUUACUUCCUCUCUGCCUGCCAUUCCUUCUCUCUGCCUUACUCCUCUCUGCCUGCCAUUCCUUCUCUCUGCCUUGCCAUUACUCCUCUCUGCCUGCCAUUCUUCUCUCUGCCUUGCCAUUACUCUCUCUGUCCUGCCAUUCCUUCUCUCUGCCUUGCCAUUACUACCUCUCUGCCUGCCAUUCGCUUCUCUUAUGCCUUUGCCAUUACUCCUCUCUGCCUGCCAUUCCUUCUCUCUGCAUUGCCAUUCUCCUCUCUGCCUGCCAUUCCUUCUCUCUGCCUUGCCAUUACUCCUCUCUGGCCUGCCAUUCCUUCUCUCUUGUCCUUGCCAUUACUCCUCUCUGCCUGCCAUUCCUUCUCUCUGCCUUGCCAUUACUCCUCUCUGCCUGCCAUUCUUCUCUCUGCCUUGCAUUACUCCUCUCUGCCUGCCCUUCCUUCUCUCUGCCAUUACUCUCUCUGCCUGCCAUUCCUUCUCUCUGCCUUGCCAAUUACUCCUCUCUGCCUGCCAUUCCUUCUCUCUGCCUUGCCAUUACUCCUCUCUGCCUGCCAUUCCUUCUCUCCUGCCUUGCCAUUACUCCUCUCUGCCUGCCAUUCCUUCUCUCUGCCUUGCCAUUACUCCUCUCUGCCUUCCUGCCAUUCCUUCUCUCUGCUUGCCAUUACUCCUCUCUGCCUGCCAUUCCUUCUCUCUGCCUUGCCAUUACUCCUCUCUGCCUGCCAUUCCUUCUCUCUGCCUUGCCAUUACUCCUCUCUGCCUGCCAUUCCUUCUCUCUGCCUUGCCAUUACUCCUCUCUGCCUGCCAUUCCUUCUCUCUGCCUUGCCAUUACUCCUCUCUGCCCUGCCAUUCCUUCUCUCUGCCUUGCCAUUACUCCUCUCUGCCUGCCAUUCCUUCUCUCUGCCUUGCCAUUACUCCUCUCUGCCUGCCAUUCCUUCUCUCUGCCUUGCAUUACUCCUCUCUGCCUGCCAUUCCUUCUCUCUGCCUUGCCAUUACUCCUCUCUGCCUGCCAUUCCUUCUCUCUGCCUUGCCAUUACUCCUCUCUGCCUGCCAUUCCUUCUCUCUGCCUUGCCAUUACUCCUCUCUGCCUGCCAUUCCUUCUCUCUGCCUUGCCAUUACUCCUCUCUGCUGCCAUUCCUUCUCUCUGCCUUGCCAUUACUCCUCUCUGCCUGCCAUUCCUUCUCUCUGCCUUGCCAUUACUCCUCUCGCCUGCCAUUCCUCUCUCUGCCUUGCCAUUCCUCUCUCUGCCUUGCCAUUACUCCUCUCUGCCUGCCAUUUCCUUCUCUCUGCCUUGCCAUUACUCCUCUCUGCCUGCCAUUCCUUCUCUCUGCCUUGCCAUUACUCCUCUCUGCCUGCCAUUCCUUCUCUCUGCCUUGCCAUUACUCCUCUCUGCCUGCCAUUCCUUCUCUCUGCCUUGCCAUUACUCCUCUCUGCCUGCCAUUCCUUCUCUCUGCCUUGCCAUUACUCCUCUCUGCCUGCCAUUCCUUCUCUCUGCCUUGCCAUUACUCCUCUCUGCCUGCCAUUCCUUCCUCUCUGCCUUGCCAUUACUCCUCUCUGCCUGCCCAUUCCUUCUCUCUGCCUUGCCAUUACUCCUCUCUGCCUGCCAUUCCUUCUCUCUGCCUGCCAUUACUCCUCUCUGCCUGCCAUUCCUUCUCUCUGCCUUGCCAUUACUCCUCUCUGCCUGCCAUUCCUUCUCUCUGCCUUGCCAUUACUCCUCUCUGCCUGCCAUUCCUUCUCUCUGGCCUUGCCAUUACUCCUCUCUGCCUGCCAUUCCUUCUCUAUGCCUUGCCAUUACUCCUCUCUGCCUGCCAUUCCUUCUCUCUGCCUUGCCAUUACUCCUCUCUGCCUGCCAUUCCUUCUCUCUGCCUUGCCAUUACUCCUCUCUGCCUGCCAUUCCUUCUCUCUGCCUUGCCAUUACUCCUCUCUGCCUGCCAUUCCUUCUCUCUGCCUUGCCAUUACUCCUCUCUGCCUGCCAUUCCUUCUCUCUGCCUUGCCAUUACUCCUCUCUGCCUGCCAUUCCUUCUCUCUGCCUUGCCAUUACUCCUCUCUGCCUGCCAUUCCUUCUCUCUGCCUUGCCAUUACUCCUCUCUGCCUGCCAUUCCUUCUCUCUGCCUUGCCAUUACUCCUCUCUGCCUGCCAUUCCUUCUCUCUGCCUUGCCAUUACUCCUCUCUGCCUGCCAUUCCUUCUCUCUGCCUUGCCAUUACUCCUCUCUGCCUGCCAUUCCUUCUCUCUGCCUUGCCAUUACUCCUCUCUGCCUGCCAUUCCUUCUCUCUGCCUUGCCAUUACUCCUCUCUGCCUGCCAUUCCUUCUCUCUGCCUUGCCAUUACUCCUCUCUGCCUGCCAUUCCUUCUCUCUGCCUUGCCAUUACUCCUCUCUGCCUGCCAUUCCUUCUCUCUGCCUUGCCAUUACUCCUCUCUGCCUGCCAUUCCUUCUCUCUGCCUUGCCAUUACUCCUCUCUGCCUGCCAUUCCUUCUCUCUGCCUUGCCAUUACUCCUCUCUGCCUGCCAUUUCCUUCUCUCUGCCUUGCCAUUACUCCUCUCUGCCUGCCAUUCCUUCUCUCUGCCUUGCUUCAUUACUCCUCUCUGCCUGCCAUUCCUUCUCUCUGCCUUGCCAUUACUCCUCUCUGCCUGCCAUUCCUUCUCUCCUGCUUGCCAUUACUCCUCUCUGCCUGCCAUUCCUUCUCUCUGCCUUGCCAUUACUCCUCUCUGCCUGCCAUUCCUUCUCUCUGCUUGCCAUUACUCCUCUCUGCCUGCCAUUCCUUCUCUCUGCCUUGCCAUUACUCCUCUCUGCCUGCCAUUCCUUCUCUCUGCCUUGCCAUUACUCCUCUCUGCCUGCCAUUCCUUCUCUCUGCCUUGCCAUUACUCCUCUCUGCCUGCCAUUCCUUCUCUCUGCCUUGCCAUUUACUCCUCUCUGCCUGCCAUUCCUUCUCUCUGCCUUGCCAUUACUCCUCUCUGCCUGCCAUUCCUUCUCUCUGCCUUGCCAUUACUCCUCUCUGCCUGCCAUUCCUUCUCUCUGCCUUGCCAUUACUCCUCUCUGCCUGCCAUUCCUUCUCUCUGCCUUGCCAUUACUCCUCUCUGCCUGCCAUUCCUUCUCUCUGCCUUGCCAUUACUCCUCUCUGCCUGCCAUUCCUUCUCUCUGCCUUGCCAUUACUCCUCUCUGCCUGCCAUUCCUUCUCUCUGCUUGCCAUUACUCCUCUCUGCCUGCCAUUCCUUCUCUCUGCCUUGCCAUUACUCCUCUCUGCCUGCCAUUCCUUCUCUCUGCCUUGCCAUUACUCCUCUCUGCCUGCCAUUCCUUCUCUCUGCCUUGCCAUUACUCCUCUCUGCCUGCCAUUCCUUCUCUCUGCCUUGCCAUUACUCCUCUCUGCCUGCCAUUCCUUCUCUCUGCCUUGCCAUUACUCCUCUCUGCCUGCCAUUCCUUCUCUCUGCCUUGCCAUUACUCCUCUCUGCCUGCCAUUCCUUCUCUCUGCCUUGCCAUUACUCCUCUCUGCCUGCCAUUCCUUCUCUCUGCCUUGCCAUUACUCCUCUCUGCCUGCCAUUCCUUCUCUCUGCCUUGCCAUUACUCCUCUCUGCCUGCCAUUCCUUCUCUCUGCCUUGCCAUUACUCCUCUCUGCCUGCCAUUCCUUCUCUCUGCCUUGCCAUUACUCCUCUCUGCCUGCCAUUCCUUCUCUCUGCCUUGCCAUUACUCCCUCUGCCUGCCAUUCCUUCUCUCUGCCUCAUUACUCCUCUGCCUGCCAUUCCUUCUCUGCCUUGCCAUUACUCCUCUCUGCCUGCCAUUCCUUCUCUCUGCCUUGCCAUUACUCCUCUCUGCCUGCCAUUCCUUCUCUCUGCCUUGCCAUUACUCCUCUCUGCCUGCCAUUCCUUCUCUCUGCCUUGCCAUUACUCCUCUCUGCCUGCCAUUCCUUCUCUCUGCCUUGCCAUUACUCCUCUCUGCCUGCCAUUCCUUCUCUCUGCCUUGCCAUUACUCCUCUCUGCCUGCCAUUCCUUCUCUAUGCCUUGCCAUUACUCCUCUCUGCCUGCCAUUCCUUCUCUCUGCCUUGCCAUUACUCCUCUCUGCCUGCCAUUCCUUCUCUCUGCCUUGCCAUUACUCCUCUCUGCCUGCCAUUCCUUCUCUCUGCCUUGCCAUUACUCCUCUCUGCCUGCCAUUCCUUCUCUCUGCCUUGCCAUUACUCCUCUCUGCUGCCAUUCCUUCUCUCUGCCUUGCCAUUACUCCUCUCUGCCUGCCAUUCCUUCUCUCUGCCUUGCCAUUACUCCUCUCUGCCUGCCAUUCCUUCUCUCUGCCUUGCCAUUACUCCUCUCUGCCUGCCAUUCCUUCUCUCUGCCUUGCCAUUACUCCUCUCUGCCUGCCAUUCCUUCUCUCUGCCUUGCCAUUACUCCUCUCUGCCUGCCAUUCCUUCUCUCUGCCUUGCCAUUACUCCUCUCUGCCUGCCAUUCCUUCUCUCUGCCUUGCCAUUACUCCUCUCUGCCUGCCAUUCCUUCUCUCUGCCUUGCCAUUACUCCUCUCUGCCUGCCAUUCCUUCUCUCUGCCUUGCCAUUACUCCUCUCUGCCUGCCAUUCCUUCUCUCUGCCUUGCCAUUACUCCUCUCUGCCUGCCAUUCCUUCUCUCUGCCUUGCCAUUACUCCUCUCUGCCUGCCAUUCCUUCUCUCUGCCUUGCCAUUACUCCUCUCUGCCUGCCAUUCCUUCUCUCUGCCUUGCCAUUACUCCUCUCUGCCUGCCAUUCCUUCUCUCUGCCUGCCAUUAUCCUCUCUGCCAUUCUUCUCUCUGCCUUGCCAUUACUCCUCUCUGCCUGCCAUUCCUUCUCUCUGCCUUGCCAUUACUCCUCUCUGCCUGCCAUUCCUUCUCUCUGCCUUGCCAUUACUCCUCUCUGCCUGCCAUUCCUUCUCUCUGCCUUGCCAUUACUCCUCUCUGCCUGCCAUUCCUUCUCUCUGCCUUGCCAUUACUCCUCUCUGCCUGCCAUUCCUUCUCUCUGCCUUGCCAUUACUCCUCUCUGCCUGCCAUUCCUUCUCUCUGCCUUGCCAUUACUCCUCUCUGCCUGCCAUUCCUUCUCUCUGCCUUGCCAUUACUCCUCUCUGCCUGCCAUUCCUUCUCUCUGCCUUGCCAUUACUCCUCUCUGCCUGCCAUUCCUUCUCUCUGCCUUGCCAUUACUCCUCUCUGCCUGCCAUUCCUUCUCUCUGCCUUGCCAUUACUCCUCUCUGCCUGCCAUUCCUUCUCUCUGCCUUGCCAUUACUCCUCUCUGCCUGCCAUUCCUUCUCUCUGCCUUGCCAUUACUCCUCUCUGCCUGCCAUUCCUUCUCUCUGCCUUGCCAUUACUCCUCUCUGCCUGCCAUUCCUUCUCUCUGCCUUGCCAUUACUCCUCUCUGCCUGCCAUUCCUUCUCUCUGCCUUGCCAUUACUCCUCUCUGCCUGCCAUUCCUUCUCUCUGCCUUGCCAUUACUCCUCUCUGCCUGCCAUUCCUUCUCUCUGCCUUGCCAUUACUCCUCUCUGCCUGCCAUUCCUUCUCUCUGCCUUGCCAUUACUCCUCUCUGCCUGCCAUUCCUUCUCUCUGCCUUGCCAUUACUCCUCUCUGCCUGCCAUUCCUUCUCUCUGCCUUGCCAUUACUCCUCUCUGCCUGCCAUUCCUUCUCUCUGCCUUGCCAUUACUCCUCUCUGCCUGCCAUUCCUUCUCUCUGCCUUGCCAUUACUCCUCUCUGCCUGCCAUUCCUUCUCUCUGCCUUGCCAUUACUCCUCUCUGCCUGCCAUUUCCUUCUCUCUGCCUUGCCAUUACUCCUCUCUGCCUGCCAUUCCUUCUCUCUGCCUUGCCAUUACUCCUCUCUGCCUGCCAUUCCUUCUCUCUGCCUUGCCAUUAA